CUGUAGCCCUGUAACUAUGCAAUCUUAUCAAACUUCUUUCCUCGAUCUUGCCCUUGAAUCUUCCACUCUUAAGUUUGGUUCUUUCACCUUAAAGUCUGGUCGUCAAUCUCCAUACUUUUUUAACCUUGGUUUCUUCAACUCUGGGAAACUUUUGUCUGCACUUGCCACUUCUUACGCUGAAGCCAUCAUUGCUUCUGGCUUAAAAUUUGAUGUUUUGUUUGGUCCUGCUUACAAAGGUAUCCCAUUGUGUGCUAUCACCGUUGCUAAAUUAGCUGAAUUAGACCCAGAAAACUAUAAUGACGUUGGUUAUUCUUUCAACAGAAAGGAAAAGAAGGACCAUGGUGAAGGUGGUUCAAUUGUUGGUUCUUCUUUGAAGGGUAAGAAGGUUCUUAUCAUUGAUGAUGUAAUGACAGCUGGAACUGCCAUCAACGAAGCUUUCUCUAUCAUCAAUGAAGAACAAGGAUCUGUUGUUGGUUGUGUCAUUGCUUUAGAUAGACAAGAAACUACCAAGGAUUCCGAUUUAUCUGCCACUCAAGCUGUUCUGGAAAGAUAUUCUAUUCCUGUCAUUUCUAUUGUUUCCUUAUCUGACAUCAUUACUCAUUUAGGUACCAAGAUCUCAACUGAAGAAUUGGAAUCUAUUAAGACUUACAGAAGUCAAUACGCCCCAAAGAAUUUGCAAUAGAUAAUUUUAUAUAGAUUUACAGCGUUGCUAUAUUUAUUCGAUAUACGUUAGUUUUCAUUUUUUGUUCAUGAAUCUCUCCUAAUCUUAAGCACAACUCAUACUAUUUCUUCCCGAUUUCCAAUUA